UACACGGAGGUAUCCCCCGGCUGUCCUUCACGUCCGUCCACAUCCUGCUCGGGUUGACUCUCAAGCGCAGCAGCCAUGGCCCUGCUUAAAUCCAACAAGUUCGUCUUCUGUCUGGGAAACAUCUCCCCAUCCCUGGGAGUGCUGUCCACUCGCAACAGCUCAUGGUGGAGUGGAGUGCAGAUGGGUCCCCCUGAUCCCAUUCUGGGGGUGACUGAGGCUUUCAAGAGGGAUAACAACCCCAAGAAGAUGAACCUGGGGGUGGGAGCCUACAGAGAUGACGCAGGAAAGCCUUUUGUGCUAAGCUGUGUUCGCAAGGCUGAGGCUUUGAUUGCAAGCAAACAGAUGGAUAAGGAGUACCUUGGCAUUGGUGGUCUGGCUGACUUUACCAAAGCUUGUGCCCAGCUCGGUCUCGGUGCUGACAGUGCAGUCUUGAAGGCCGGCAGGAGUAUCACUGUCCAAACCAUCUCAGGAACUGGAUCUCUCCGCAUUGGCGGCAACUAUUUGGCUCGAUUCCAUGGAGGUCCACUUGAUGUGUACCUGCCCAAACCCUCUUGGGGAAAUCACACACCCGUCUUCAGAGACGCCGGCUUGCAGCUCAAAGCGUACCGAUACUACGACCCCUCCACCUGCGGCUUCGACUUCAAAGGAGCUCUUGAGGACAUCACUAAAAUCCCAGAGAAGAGUAUCAUUUUGUUGCACGCAUGUGCCCACAAUCCAACUGGUGUGGACCCCAGGCCUGAGCAGUGGAAGGAGAUUUCUGAAGUUGUAAAGAAGAGGAACCUGCUGGUGUUCUUCGAUAUGGCCUAUCAGGGCUUUGCCAGUGGAGACAUUGAUCGCGAUGCUUGGGCUGUGCGCCACUUCAUUGAACAAGGCCACAACAUCCUGCUGUCCCAAUCCUUUGCCAAGAACAUGGGACUUUAUGGCGAACGUGUGGGAGGCUUCACCGUAGUUUGCAACGAUGCAGAAGAGGCAAAGAGGGUGGAGUCUCAGCUCAAGAUCCUCAUCAGGCCCAUUUACUCCAACCCGCCAAUGAAUGGUGCCAGAAUUGCAUCAACCAUUCUCCACACACCAGACCUGCGCUCACUCUGGUUGGAGGAGGUCCAUGGCAUGGCUAACCGUAUCAUUAAGAUGAGAGAACAACUGGCGGGAGGUCUAAAGAAGCAUGGCUCCUCCCACAACUGGCAGCAUGUCAUCGACCAGAUCGGGAUGUUCUGCUUCACAGGUCUCAAACCUGAACAGGUUGAGCGUCUGAUGAAGGAGUUUUCCAUUUACAUGACCAAGGAUGGCAGAAUUUCCAUGGCAGGAGUGACCUCUGGGAAUGUGGGUUACCUGGCAGAGGCCAUCCAUGCGGUUACCAAGUAGAGAAGAUCUCGCUGAGAGCGACAGAAUCAAAACUGCAGUGUUGAAGAGGAGCUUUAUGCCUCACAACUCCAGUCCACCUUUUAGAGAAGCAAAAUAUUUAGUUGUACUUUUUGUCUGGAUUUCAACAUGAAUUCAACUUGGAACGGUUACUCUUAACAUUUCACUGAACAGGUGCCCCUACCAAAAUUAAAAUAAGGCAUAUUUUUCACCUCUUACUGAGCCAAUGCUGCAACUUAUUUAUUGUGUGGAAUCAACUGUUUGCACUACUGUCUUUCUAACUGUGUGCUCUUGGUUCUUGGUGAUUUGGUCACAUCACCAUGAAACACUGGGGGGGGGGGGGGGGUGACUUUUCAAGGUGUAAAGUACAUUAGCUUUGUGUGCGAGAAGAGAUUUGUGUCGCUUUUGUGAAAAGCCGUAGGGUUUUUUUUUUUCUUAAUUAAACAGUGGUGUUGUCGCACUUUAAAGCAGCAUGGCACUAUUUGAGUUUGUCACAAUCUUAACUGUAUAAAUAGACAUUUAUCAGGUUGUCUGUUCUGUUUACUAGUUUGAUCUGUUAUCCAGUAAUUCGCUUGUUUCUUAUUUUGUCUUGUGUAUUUGGUAUUUUUCCUGCAGGUUGUGUGAAUCAUGGGUUUUGAUCUAGGUAGUCACAGGGUCAGCAGUCUCUUUUUUUUUUUUUUCUUUUUUUUUUUUACUUUAAAAAUGCCCAUAAAAAUGAGCACACAAGCUGAAAGAGUAAAGCAACAGUAUGGAGACCACAUUACCACAUUUCCAGUAACUCCCCAAAUCCUAUCACAUCCAUUUCUAAUCUUUACAAUAAAGGCAAAGUACUUGACACCAGUGCUGAUGCUUCUGAAGUGGGGUUGGGUCUUAAGAUGAAAAAGGCUUUUCAUAGGAGAUUAACACACAGUGCACGGACAUUCAGAUGCCGUGUUUCAGCAGGAAGUUUCAACCUGUCCAUCAUCGAAACAAGGAAAUGACAUUUAGAUGGUGGGGUUUAACCCAGUCUGCUUAUACUUCUGACAAGUUGUCUAUUCUCUGCAUUCUGUCUUGACUUGAGAAUCAUUGGUCAUGUAUCAUACAAAACAAACAAUAAAUCGUUAUAGAAUAAA